AUGAUUUAUAAAGUAUUUACAUUUCCAAAAUUCUACACCGUUAAGACAUUUGCGAUUAACGUGCCGGAAAAGGACAAUACUUGUCAAUAUGAUUUAUUCAAUAGUUUGUAUUUCAGCAAUGAAAGAAGAAGUUAUUAUUUAGACAUUUAUUCGCGAUUGUGUCAUCUUCCCAUCCGAUUUACAGCAAAUAACUCUGAACAGAUAAAAAUUAUAAAGUUAAUGCAACAAUGUUAUUGCAAAAAUGCAAGGAGAGAUUCACAUCUGUGCUUUCGCACGGGCACUAGUAGAAUGCAUCAGCGAAAGUUGCUCGGUUACGAGCGAAAUUUUUCUGCACAUCUCAUAAGGCAUCGUAAAUCUAACGGGAUGCAUCCAGAUGUUAUCACGACAACAAGAGGAACACGAUUAACGAAGAGGAAGCACAGAAUCGCUCCAAGAGACAUUGAACCGACUGAUAAAAAUAUAGAUUCGGAAGCAUGGGACAAUUGGAGUAAUUGGAGCACAUGCAGCGUGACUUGUGGACAAGGACGACAAGUUCGUUGGCGUCAUUGUUUGUCCGAAAAUUGCAUCAAAGGUCUCAAGAAAGCGCAACUGAAAGGUUGUCGUCUUAAGGAUUGCGAUACCAAAGGAUUUCUCGGUUGGCUCGGAAUAAAAUCUUGAUCUGUGUAAAUUUCAAAGCAUUCAAGAAAGCUACUCCGGAGAGUGACAAAAUAUCGUCAAAUAAUAUUACUCCUACUCUUUCAAAAAGUGAUCUCACAAACAAACUCGAGAUAAAAUUGAAUAGACUCCGACGUAAAAAUUACAAUUCGGAUCGCUAUACUAAUGAUGAUCACAAAGAGGAUGACAACAUUCGGAGACAGAUAAAACGAGCAGGCAAAAAUGAUAGAAAACCGAAAAUAUGGGAUCAAUGGGGCAAUUGGUCUACAUGCAGUGUUACUUGUGGAAUAGGAAAAAUUACGAGAUGGAGGCAUUGUAUAAGUGGAAGUUGUUCCUUAGGAGAGAAGAAAGCUCAAUUAAAAACUUGCACUUCUGCAGCAUGUUAAAAUAUUCUGAAUAGACAAGAUAGCUGUAUAA